AUGGAGUCCGACGAGAUAAUACCGGUGGUCGAGGAAGAGCCCGUCGUCGCCAUGGACAUUUCCGGCGAGGUGGAAGCCGAAGGCAAUGUGACCCGGGAAGGUAAGAACAUCAAGGAUCACAUUGAUCUCGAGUCGUCGCAGAACAAGAAGGCGUCACCCAAAGACCUGAAAGAGAUCGCUGGGAGCUUCUGGGUCGCCGCCUCCGUGUUCAGCAAGAAGUGGCAGAAGUGGCGGCGCAAGCAGAAGCUCAAGAAGGAGGCUGCCGUGAGCAAGGCCGCGGCAGCGGCAAUGCCUCCUCCGGAGAAGCCCUCCAAGCCGUCGUUCCUUCGGCGGUGUCGCCUCCGCGGUGAGGCCGGCUCGGAGCUCGCCGGUGGCCGGCGCUCCUGCGACACGGACCCGCGUUUCUCCCUCGACGCGGCGCGCAUGUCCGUGGACGACGCCGGCUUCUCGUGGGACGAGCCCCGGGCGUCCUGGGACGGGUACCUCUUCGGCGCCGGCGCCGGCAUUGGCCUCGGGCGCGCACCUCCGCCGCUCUCCCGCCUCCCUCCCAUCCUGUCGGUCCUGGAGGACACACCGACCGACAUCGUCGAGCGCUCCGAUGGCCAAAUCCCCGUGGAAGACGACUUUGACCCCGAGCCGCCAGGUGGCUCCUUGCAGACAAGAGACUACUACCUCGACUCUUCCAGCCGGAGGCGUCGGAGCCUGGAGCGCUCCAGCUCCGUACGCAGGCCGUCCUUCGAGGUCCCAGACCCAAGACCAGUGACCGCAGCUGUCAAUGACAAGGCAUCCCCCAUCGGCGGCUCAGAAUUCUACCACUUCCACCACGCCGAGGACCUGCUGGACCGCGGCUUCAGCUCCAACUCCCUCAUCGAGGACAUCUCCGCGAGCCUGGAGGCGGCGCUGUCCGGCCCCGCGAAGAAACCGCGCCGGUGGCGCAAGGCGUGGAGCCUCUGGGGCCUGAUCCACCGGCGCGCCGCGGGGCGCAGGGGCGGCGGCCCGUCCGACAUCGCCGACCGCUCCUUCUCCGAGCCGUGGCCCGACCUGCGCGUCCGCGGCGCCAACCCCAAGAUGCAGCGGUGCAACAGCAACCUGAGCGCGCGCAGCUCGUUCAGUAGCAACAGCGGCGGGCUCGGCAGCUCCCGGCGCAGCUACGUGGACGCGAGCGGUAACGUCCGGCGGAGGGAGGAGCCGCACGCACAGGCGCCGCCGCUGGAGCGGAACCGCAGCGCGCGCUACUCGCCCGGGCGCGCCGCCGCGGACAACGGCAUGCUGCGGUUCUACUUGACCCCGAUGCGCAGCGGCAGCGCGCGGCCGCGCGGUGGCGGCCUGCCGAGCAAGGCCGGGCCCGGGCGGCCGCUGGCCACGCAGUCGUUCGCGCGCAGCGUGCUCCGCCUGUACUAGGCUACGGCACGGCGCUCACGCACGACGCCGGCAGGCAGCCGGUCAGGUUCCUCUGCCGAUCUGCAGGUUCAAGGAGAGGGUUUGGGGUUAUAGCCAUAAAUCUUCGCGUAUUGUAAUGUAAGCUGUUUAUUUUUGUUCAUUCGGGGGGAUUGGAUAACACGCAUCUCGUAUUCUCGUACC